UCGUGCUCGCCAACGGUUUAUUGUAUCGGACAUAAGAAGCGACGGAGCUCCAGCGCUGAUAUAAAACAGAACGGCUAGCCAUCUAAACUUCAAUGGAAAGGUAAGAGCUCAGCGACUGAUCAUUCGCCGCUUCCGCGAGCAACCGCCGGCCGGGAGAAGCAGCUCACCCUCGGCGAUUUAAAAAACCGUUUAAAGAUUUAUCCAGGUAUGGCAGCGAUUCGCAAGAAGCUGGUGAUUGUAGGAGAUGGAGCGUGCGGUAAAACCUGUUUACUUAUCGUCUUCAGUAAAGACCAGUUUCCUGAAGUCUAUGUCCCCACGGUGUUUGAAAACUAUGUCGCCGACAUUGAGGUUGAUAGCAAACAGGUGGAACUUGCUCUGUGGGAUACCGCAGGACAGGAGGACUACGAUAGGCUCCGUCCUCUUUCAUACCCAGAUACUGAUGUCAUUCUUAUGUGCUUCUCUGUUGACAGUCCUGACAGUUUAGAGAAUAUUCCAGAGAAGUGGACACCUGAGGUGAAGCACUUUUGUCCAAACGUUCCCAUCAUCCUCGUCGGCAACAAAAAGGAUUUGCGGAAUGAUGAACACACACGCAGGGAGCUGACUAAGAUGAAGCAGGAGCCUGUUAAGGCAGAGGAAGGAAGAGACAUGGCCAAUCGGAUUGGAGCAUUUGGUUACAUGGAGUGCUCAGCCAAAACAAAAGAUGGUGUUCGGGAGGUGUUUGAAAUGGCCACUAGAGCAGCGCUGCAGGCACGCAGGGGAAAGAAGAACAACAAAUGCUGUCUGCUGUGAAUACUAGCCAUUGGACUCUGUGCCUGUACUGGGGCUCAAAAAGAGUGUGUCUGAGGGGCACAGACCCCUCCCCCACCUUCCCCCGUCACAUUCGCCAAAUGUUUUUGGGAAAGAGAUCCCAGAUAAAAAGCUUUGUUUCUUUUUUUUUUUUUUCGGUCUUAUUUUUAGUCAUGGAGAUGUUUAUCAGUAUUUAAGAGAACUUGGACAAAUGGGACUAUUUUUGAUGCUUUACCUGAAUUUGUGGUAUCAUUCAAGCUUGCCUUUCUGCCAAAUGCUGUCAUGUGACCCUGUGGGCAGUUGGAAACGUGUGAUCAUGUGAGCUGCAAUUCAGUACUUCAGCCCAUCCCUCAUAUGUUGGGCUCUUUUUUUUCUGCAACAUGAAACAGAGCUGAACUUGAUUGUUGCUGUAUGUAUGUAUGGAUAAUUUUAAGGUUUUCU